UCGCUUCUUCCUACACUUUCCGAAACUCAGGGACGGCGUAGAAACUUCACAAAAAUUGCCCACUGAAAGAAACUGGGUUUAAGCUCUUCCCUUUCUUUCCUUGCAUUCUUUGGCAUUUUCAGAUCUCACCGAAUGCGAACUCCACUCCCGGCAAGAUGAAGUUAGCCUGCAUUUUCCUUAUUUUCCUGUUUCAAGACUGUUUUCUGUUGAGGAGGGUUCUCGCUCAGGGAACAGAAAUAUCCAGCAGAGUAAUAGCCUUCCAAGAUUGCCCGGUGGAUUUGUUUUUUGUCCUGGAUACCUCUGAGAGCGUUUCCUUAAGGGUAAAGCCUUUGGGUAAAGCCAACGUUGACAAGAUCAAAGCAUUCACUAAUCAAUUCAUUGAUAAAUUAAAUGACAGAUACUAUCGGUGUGACCGGAACCUAGUGUGGAAUGCAGGUGCCUUACAUUACAGUGAUGAAGUGGUGCUGAUCAAGAAACUUACCCGUAUGCCCAGUGGGCGACCAGACUUAAAGAACAGUGUGUCCUCAGUAGAAUCUAUUGGGAAAGGCACCUAUACCGACUGUGCUAUCAAGGCAGGGCUUGAAGAACUACUCAUAGGAGGAUCUCAUCAUAGAGAAAAUAAGUACCUUAUUGUGGUGACAGAUGGACAUCCUUUAGAAGGUUACAAAGAGCCUUGUGGGGGACUGGAAGAUGCUGCCAAUGAAGCAAAACAUCAGGGGAUCAAAGUGUUCUCUGUUGCUGUAUCUCCAGACCAUCUGGAAUCCAGAUUAAAUGUGAUUGCUACAGACCAUGAAUAUCGUCGCAAUUUCACAGCAACUGAACCACAAAGUGAUAUUCCUAGAACAAUUGACACCAUCAUUGAAAUGAUUAAAGAUAAUGUGGAAGAUGUGUGCUGUUCCUAUGAAUGCCAGCCUCCUCGAGGACCCCCAGGACAAAUAGGGGACCCAGGAGAUGAGGGAGAAAGGGGGAGACCUGGCUUGCCAGGAGAAAAAGGAGAUGCUGGAGAUCCCGGAAAGCAAGGUGACCCAGGACCUAUUGGGUACCAAGGAAUGAAGGGAGAAAAGGGUGGCCGAGGGGACAAGGGCUCAAGAGGUGCAAAAGGAGGCAAGGGAGAGAAGGGCAAGCGUGGCAUCGAUGGCAUUGAUGGCAGGAAGGGUGAACAAGGAUAUCAUGGGCUACCAGGAUGCAAAGGAUCUCCUGGGUUUGAUGGCUUACAAGGACCUCCUGGACAAAAAGGGGAUUCUGGUUCUUAUGGACCCAAAGGGAUAAAGGGAGACCCUGGGCCCAAAGGAAGACCAGGCCCUCAAGGAAAAGAUGGACGUCCUGGCGAAAAGGGUCUGCCUGGAGAAUUGGGAGCCAAAGGAGAAAAAGGAGAAUGGGGAGAUGAGGGAAGUCCUGGACCUGAUGGUAGCCUUGGAGAGAAGGGUAGCCCUGGAUCCCUAGGGUUGCGAGGUGUCCCUGGGGCUCGUGGACCAAAAGGAGAAAAGGGUGAGCCAGGUCCAGUGGGAGAACAAGGCCGUGAAGGACUUUUUGGACCACCAGGAGACCCAGGUAAAGAAGGUGCACCUGGACCUAAGGGAUUUCGAGGAGAUGAAGGACCUCCUGGACCAGAGGGCCGUAAAGGGUCGGUUGGACCACCUGGAAUAACUGGAAACCCUGGGUUGAUGGGUGAUAGGGGAGAUGAUGGCCCACCAGGAAAUGGGACUGAUGGUUAUCCUGGUGCUCCAGGAGAUCCUGGAAUCAGAGGUGACCGUGGAGUUAAUGGCACCAAAGGCUAUCCUGGGCCAAAAGGGGAUGACGGUGACAUUGGAGAACCUGGUAUGCAAAGAAAUGAAACUGGGGUCAAUGGCAAGAAAGGUGCCAAAGGGUACAGGGGACCAGAAGGAGCUCCAGGACCUCCAGGACCUCCAGGACUCCCUGGGCCAGAUGAAUGUGAAAUUUUAGAUAUCAUCAUGAAAAUGUGUUCUUGCUGUGAAUGCAGGUGUGGUCCAAUUGAUAUUAUAUUCGUACUGGACAGUUCUGAGAGUAUUGGACUAACAAACUUUGGCAUUGCAAAGGACUUUAUUGUUAAGGUUAUUGACAGACUGCGCACAGAAGAACAUGUAACAUUCUCCAGAGAGGAAUCCAAUCUUGCUAUUGUGCAAUAUAGUCAUGGUGGAACCGAGGAACUGGUGCUCAUGAAAGAUGGAGACGUUAAAGGUUUCAAGGAGGCUGUGAUGAACCUUCACUGGAUUGCUGGUGGCACCUUUACUGGAGAGGCUCUUGAGUACACCAAACAACGUCUGCCCCCAUUUUUCACUCACAAAAGAGUUGUUAUUGUCAUCACAGAUGGACGGACUGACACAUUUCACGAUCGAACACCAAUCACUGUUCUUUGUGAAAGAGAUACUCAGGUUGUCCCUGUGGGUUCCAGUGACAUUUUCCAUGACCCUCCAGAUUCUGAAAAAUUAAGUAAGAUAUCCUGUGGGGGCCUCACAUUUACCCAACCAGAGUAUAUUGCCCUGCUGGAUGACACCUUCAUUCAGAAUGUUACCUCUUAUGUCUGUCGAGAAAAGGAAUGUCCUGACUAUACCUGCCCAAUCACUUUUGCUAAUUCAGCUGAUAUCACACUCCUUGUGGAUAGCUCUACUAGUGUUGGAGCCCAUAACUUCAAUACCACCAAGAAGUUUGUGAAACGUCUUGCAGAACGAUUCCUGUUAGCUGACAAAAGUCCAGGUGCUUCUGUGCGCGUCACUGUUGUCCAGUACAGUGGCCCCACACAGCAAAAACUGGAGGUGGAUUUUCAACGGAACUACACAGUGAUAGCUGAUAUAAUUGACAAAAUGGAAUUUAUAAAUGAUGGCACAGAUGUGGUUGCAGCCUUGAACUAUGUCACCAACCAAUAUCAGAGGUCCUCUCGUCCCGCUAUUAAGAAGAGGGUGCUGAUCUUCUCGGAUGGCAAUUCUCAAGGUGUCUCUGGAAAUGCCAUUGAGAGAGCAAUCCAGAAUGCUCAACAGGCAGGCAUUGAUAUUUAUGUACUUGCUGUUGGCACACAAGCCAACGAGCCCAAUCUACGUUUGCUUGUCUCCCAAAAAGCAGCUCAGGAUGAAGUAGCCUACAGAGAGCGCCACCUUUUCAGAGUACCUGAUUAUCAAUCUUUGUUGAAGGGUGUAUUCUAUCAAACUGUCUCCAGAAAAAUAGCUAUGGACUGAGGAGGUGAUUCCUAGAGAAGCAAGUUAAUGCAGAUUCUGAGAUUUCAGAAAUAAAUUGUUAACCUCCAGUGGAACCCAUGUUUUUAUACAGAGCCAUAAUCUUCUGUCCUUGCUUUUAGGCUGUGCUACGUUUAUCCCUGUCCAUUCCUGUCUUCUUUAUUGUCCAUGAAUUCUUCCAGCCUACAGGAAGAAAUACAAAUAGAUUUAUUGCUGCCCUAGUUCAUAACUGUAAUUGAGAGAACUAUUUUUGUUUUAUAUUUGACAAGAGUUAAACUGGGCUAACUAGGAAUUUUAAAUGCACUGUCUUUAUCCCUAAGAUUGAUAGCACACUUCACAUGAAUAUAAAGAUCUUCUUUUCAGAAUCAGUCAAUCAGUUUAUUAAGGUCUUAGACCAGUACAGUCUUUUCAGAAUAAAAUGCCCACUGACUUCAUUGCCAAUUUUUUUUUAUUUUGUAACUUAAAAGAUACAAUAUAGUAAACAUAUCCUGGGCUAGACAGUUCCAGAAAAAAUUAUUCUGCUCUUAGAAACAAGGGAUUUUCCAAAUAAUACUUAUUGCCUUACAUGUCACUUGAGGGGCUUAUUGAAUGUUAACAUGGGUUCAUGAUCUGGUUCAAAACAGGAGGAGGAGGAGGCAAUAAUCUCACAGUAUCUAGCCCAGCCCAGAAUUGAAGUAGAGAAGCUACGAGGGAUUUAUUCAACCAUGAUGUUAUUUAUAUACAGUGAACUCACAAAUGUGAUUUGUUUGGCAUUACCUACAUCAUUUUUAAAUGAAAUUGUAUGAAAACCUGUACAGGACUCGUCUUCAGAGGAUCUUAAUUUUUCCAGUAUGAUAUUCAGUAUAAGGUGCUACACUCACUUCACAAGCUGAGCUUUACGUUGCUGAUUACGUUUACAUAUUCAUAGCUGGUUUGGACAGGUUUCAUGCGGUAUUUCCAAUGGUGCUGUUGCCAUGAAUUCAGUAUGGUUUUAAAAAUGAAGCAGUUGCUUUCAAAAUUGCAGCUUGUAUUGUUUUGUAAUCAAUAUUCAUUUACCACUUUGUUUUAUUUUAUCCCUUUGUUUUACUGACAGAUGUUCACUUUGAGGGUGUUUUGCAAAUAAAUUGUUUUCCACAGUU